GUCAGACUCGUAGGAAGGGAGGAGGGCACGAGAAGAAGUUGAGGUUGUGAAGAAGAACAGUAAGGCGUCUUGACGACAGUGCGAUCACGUCGACGUUUACCAUCGAGCGGGUUGAUAUCAGAGAGGAAGCGGUUGCAGCAGGAAAUAGUCCCGACGCAUUCAGGAUCGAAGAAGACAUGGCAGUGGAGUUUGAGCAGGGCGACUUUACAAAGUUGGACCUUAUCCCUCCGUCAAACUAUGAUGAUACAAACACGUCCAUCUUCUUCGCCAUCAAGCCGAACACGAAGAACGUGUUGAAGGGGGCAAACGAUGAGGAGUCUAGCGCAAAGCAGAUCACUGUUGAUAGCACGACAUGUUCAGAUGCCCACCAUGAAGGGUCGCAGGGCGAGGGCUGUGAGAUCUCAGUGAACACAUCGUUUCCCUUUCACAUCAAAAGCGCGAGCUCAAACUGGCUGGAGACCUUUGGGUUUGCUGAGGGCGAGAUCGUUGGGAAAACUAUCCGGCUCUGCCAUGGCCCGGAUACCAACACCAACGUGUUCAACUCCUUUGUUCAAGAUCCAUCGCACGUGGGGGAGAGAGCAACCAUCACCCUCUAUCACAAGAGCGGGGACGAUGUUGUUGUCUCGAUGUGUCCAACCCGGUCGACUCAGUCGUGCGUGACGCUGGGUAUGGAGGUAGUUGCCACUGGAUCAGCAGACGACGGGAAGGACGAGGAGGAGAGCAAGGAGGAGAUGCUGCAGAAAUUUCAAGACUACUCCCUGCAGAGAGCUCAGUCGUUGCAACCAGAAAGAAAAUCCAAGUCGCAGGAUUGGUUCCCAAUCUCGCAUACUGAGGUGGCCAAGAGCUCGGGGAACUCGCACUCGCACGAGGCUGAAUUCAUCGAUGCAGCAUGCAUCGCGCACGUAAGAGCCUUGCGGAGAUCAAAGAAGGAGUCCCGAGGAGACAAGAAGGACAGCAGCUUGUAA